UCCUGAGCUCGGGAGAAAGAUUUCAUUCGAUUUCUUACUUUUUAUUCUCUCUCUAUCCUGUCUCUCUCUUUCUCUCUCUUCUGCAACUUCACUCGCUGGCCGUCAUCCAGAUGUCGGAGACCUGCAACUCUCGCCACUUCUCAUGGCUGAUGAAGUCGUGCUUCCCCAACCCUAACGACAAACCCCUCUCCCCGCACUCUCCCCACCACCUCCCCAUCAAGGCCUCCGCCCCGACCCUCUCCUCCCUCCCCGACGACCUCCUCCUCGAGUGCCUCUCCCGCCUCCCCGCCCCCUCCCUCCCCGCCGCCGCCUCCGUCUGCCGCCGCUGGUCCCGCAUCCUCGACUCCCCCGCCUUCCACGACCUCCGCCGCCUCCACGGCCUCCUCCGCCCCUCCGUCUUCGCCCUCUCCUUCCUCGACUCCGCCCUCCUCUCCGCCUCCCUCCGCCUCGGCCCCGCCCCCGCCCCCGGCCCCGGUCCCGGCUCCGGUCCCGGCUCCGAUCCCCUCUGGCAGGUCUCCCUCUUCAUCCCCGACGCCGGCUGGGGCGGAGGCGGAGGCCAGGGCCUCGUCCCCCACGCCCGACUCGCCGCGAUCGGCCCGAGGAUCUACAUCAUCGGCCGGAAUGCCGUCGCGCGCUACGACACCUGGACCGGGAGCGUCGCUUCGAGGUCGCCCAUGACGUUCCCGAGGAAGAAGUUCGCCGUCGCGGUGCAUUCCGCGAUCUACGUCGCCGGCGGCGGCGGCGGCGGGAGGACCUCGGCGGUCGAGGAGUACGAUCCGGAUCGCGACGGGUGGACCGUGGUGUCGCACGCGCCGAGGAGGCGGUACGGCUGCGUCGGGGCUGCGGUGGACGGCGUGUUCUACGUGAUCGGAGGCCUCCGGAUAGGCCCCUCGGCAGCGGGGACCGAGCCGUCGCGCGCCGCCGGAGCGGAGGCGCACGUGUACGCGAGCUCGAUGGACCUGUACGACGUGGAGGCGCGGGGGUGGCUGAGGAGCCGCGCGGUGCCCGGCGGGGGCUGCGUGGUGGCGGCCUGCGCGGCCGUCGGCCACGUCUACGUCCUGGCGAGCCACGCGCUCGAGCUGUCGUUCUGGCGCUUCGACGCGCGCCGGAGGAGCGGCGGCGGAUGCUUCGGGGAGUGGAGCCGGGCGAAGAGCCCGCCGCUGCCGACGCAGGUGCGGCUGGACUCGACGGUGAAGUUCAGCUGCGUCGGGGUCGGGGACAAGGUGGUGCUGGUCCAGGUGGCGGGGUGCAUCGACGACCUGCUGCGGCGGAGCGGGCGGAGCGAGCGGGGUGCGGGAGGGCUGGUGCUGGCGUACGACACGGCGGCGGGGGAGUGGAGCAGGGCGGCGGACCUGCCGGAGGUGAUCGCACGCGCCGCCUGCGCGUGCGUGGAGUGCUAGGGGUGGGGGUGGGCCGGGCCCCACGAUUGCCGGGUAGUAGGAUAGGAUAGGGUACGAAACGAAUAUGGCUGAAAAUGUAGCAGGCAGGAGAGCGUGCGUCUCGUGCGUAGCGUGGUGUGUGGAGUAGUAGCGAGGGAAGCAGACGACAAAAAGACUGUCUGCGAAAAGGAAAACCGAGGGACGCGUCGCGCGUGGAUUCCACUCUCCGGUCGUUUCGCCUUUCUUUCUCGAUUUGAUUGAUUAGAGAGAUGUUUCUUAAUUUGUAUUUUCUUUUUUGGUCCGUCUUCAUUUGUAUUUUACUUAGUAAAAAUGUUGCUCUUUUUCUUUUC